AUGAAUUCCGGCAUUAAUUCGCCUAAUUCUGAGGGGGCCGAAGAUUCGAAGCGGCCUCGGCUGGCUCGUCGACCCCCAUAUGCAGCCUCGACUAUUGCAUCUGAGCUUAGAAGUCGAGAACCAAUACAGUAUGCUCUCCGGUCCCGAGGUCGAGCAAGCAGCCAAGAAAGCAGCAGUGGAGAUAUCCGAGUGAGCAACCGAGGGGGAAGCCGAAUGGACACUCGGCACCGAUCAAGCACUCCAAGCACAACUCGAGACCCGACAACUGCUCCAAGAACCUUGCCAAUUGGCACAGUCCAGUCUGUCCACUAUGAGCAGACUGCACUGUGUGAUAAAGACAAUUAUGUGUCUGAAAGUUUCGAGCACAGGCAUGGUAGCUCAUCAAUGUCGGAAUAUGGCCAUGCUCUGGUUGAAACCCCAACAGAGACAAAUCACUCCCAGCGACGCCGGCCAAACACCCCCAAGGUGAUUGCCUCGGAAAAUUCUAACGCUAACAACUCUUCUCCUGGGGGACCGGAAACCCAUAUUAGACACCGAGCUUUCUUUCUCGAGCGCCGUUCCUAUGAGGGAUUGGAGACCCUGCAGCAGCGCAUCGACAAGCUACGAAUGACCGAUUAUGAGUUCCAAGGCCGAAGUUCCUGA